UAUAUAAGCACGUCACAUCGACACAGUCUCAUUCUAAUUUAGUGACAGUCACUCCUGUCAGGUGCAUGCAGUCCUACUAGCUGUCGUCUUUAUUAAUGGCGAGUCCUGUGAAUCACCCGGAGCUGAACCCAGCCCUCCUCCCUUUGGACUGGCUGGUAGGCACCUGGGAGUCAGACGUGCCGGGGAAGGGCGUCUUUCCAACCAUAACCCCUUUCCGCUACACGGAGACACUGCACUUCAGCCAUGUGGGACAACCGAUUCUCAACUUCACGUUCAAUGCCUUCCAUGUGGAGUCUAAAAUGCCUCUGCACAGGGAGUGCGGCUUCAUUCGAAUGCAGCCGGAAACCAACAAAGUGGCGUUUAUCAUCGCACAAAACUCAGGUCUGGUGGAGAUUGAGGAGGGUGAGCUGAAAGGGCAGCAGCUGAACCUGCAGACCCACGCUCUGGCUAGAAUUUCUUUUGCCAAGGAACCACAUGUUAAGCAGAUUUCCAGACUAUUUCAGCUCCGACCAGAUGGGAAGCUGGAGCAGACAGUCUCCAUGGCAACAGACAACCAGUCAAUGAUGCAGCACUUGCACAUCACCUACUGUCGGUCAGCUUGACCCAACACAUAGACAGGCUUCUUAUGCAUAAAACAAUUGCCUUAGUCUGGAAUGACAAAGGUUGCUAAAAUAGGAGUCAGAUUACCAUAUAGACAGCUCUACAGUUAUACAACUAUAUAUUUAUAAUAUUAUGGUAUGUGGAAUGUUGGUAAAUCAGCAUAGCUGUAAAAUAAAACUUAACCAUUAAUGGUACAUACAGGAACAUGUUUGUUGAAUAUAAAUAAUUGAAGAUUUUGACUUUUCCAUUAAUUUGUUAUACUUAAUGGCAUCCUCCUCAGGGAAUGGUGGCUUUACUUAUGUUUAUAUUUGUUGACCAGAUAUUUGAUCUUUGGGCUGCAGAGCUUAUAACUCACUGAAAUGAUAUUCACUACAAUGUCAUUUUAUCGUUAUCUUACUAUUGUCAUUGUCAAUAUAGUCAAUAUACUGUAUUUUGAGUUUUUGUUUGUUUGGCAUUUGAUUCAUAGAAUCUUAAGUUAUGUUAUUGGGUUUUUUUUACCUUUUUUUUCUCUGACCGUGUUCUUCCAUCUCUAUCGAUUACAAUAGUUUUGCUGGCAA